UCAGAAAAGUUAAGUGGCGGGGAGGAAUAAAUGCAACCUCUUGGGCGUUCAGUUCGUAUCAAGAGUUCGUGGACGUAACAUUUCACUCGUCCUGCCGCAGGAACUGAGCGAGAAUUGCAUCCUGCGAAUUCCAAGAUCAUCAGGAGGAUUUAACACAAAUGCAUCGUCAAAUCACCUUCACCACACCAGAGCCAAACACUCCUACGGGAGCGACGAUGGACGAUGAACUUGCUACCCUGCUCUGCUGAGAAUUUAAGUGAUUACCAAAAUGCAGUAGUAUACAAAAUCUCAAGUACGAAGUUGAAAAAAAUCUGGCAAGAUUUUAACAUAUGGUGUUACAAUGGUUUUUAGUCAAGUCCAUCAUAUUUAGGGGUCGUGUAACGUGAGAGUAUUGGAGAAAUUAAAAUCGUCAAUAAGAGUGAUAAGCCGGCAUCUUUGCACGUGAUUACUAGAUAAGACAUUCAGAUAAGAUACCAGUUACAUUAAAACCAGCAUUUGAAAACUGUCAUUGGAUAAUAUUACUAAGGACAUCAGAUAAGGUUCCGAGUAUUUAAAGACAAUUGGAUGUAAUGAAAAGUAAAGACUGCUUUGAAAACUAUAGUUGAAUUGUACACAUGAUUGCAAGCACUAGAUGGUAGAAAAAUGGAGACGGGUAUCACUGCCGGUCCAAGCACUGAAAGCAUAAUACCAAACAAAAAGAAUUGCUUGAAGGAAAAUAAUAAGAUCAUAUUUGGCAUUUUCAGAGCUUUGGGAUUCUUCCCAGUGAAAUGGGAGCCUUCAAAGUCUACGUACGUUGUUCAACCAGGACCUUUCGUCGUCUCCUACACAUUUUGGUUUCUAUGGCCUCUACUGGGCCUUGGUGUGGCGUCGGUUGGCAUGAAGCUCUUCAAUCUAAAUGAGAAUUUAGAUAAAGUGGAUGAUGUCAUCGAGACGUCUUUAUUCAUUCUAGGGUUCGCUGUUGCUCCUGCAAUUGUCACCUACUCCAUUAAGCUCAUAGCUAAGUACAUCCCUCAGAUCUUAGAGGACAUAUCCAACCUGUGUGAGAUGGACGUUGGAUUCAAAACCCCCAUGAACAUCCACAUACCAAGCAGCAAGCAGAAGGCCCUUUCCUCAAAGGUCGAGUUCAUAAACUCUCAGAAAUCUCAGGAUCAUGAGAAAAUGCUCUUUUAUGUGCCAUUGGUAACAGUAUUCGUAUCCAUUGUGGCCUUUAUAAUCGCAUGGGCCUUUGGUAUUUAUGAAGUAGUGGACUGGGCCACUUUGGAACAAGAGUGGCCUUUCUUCAUCAUGCAGUUUACAUACCUCACUCAGCCGGCAAUAAGCAAUUGGUUCUGCGCCGUCUUCUUAGAGUGGCUAAGGCUAGUCUAUGAGGCACUUCGAGUCGAGUUCGAUUAUUUAUAUCACAACACUUUGGCAUAUCUACAAGAAACGACUAAGCCACAGAGAGGCCGUAACUGUCCAUCAGUCGCCUACAGUGAAGAGAAUGUAAAACUUACGGGUGACUAUGUAGACAAACUGCAAGAGAUUUUCGUUUUACUGAGCGAGGGAGUUUUAAAAUUUACUUCAUCUGUCAACUUCCUGGUCUGCUUAAUCAGCGCUGUAUUCUGCACAUUGGAACUACUCAGAAGUUUCCGCCUUAUUAUGUACAUGGUUCCCUUGGCCCUCGCAAUUGGCAAUAUGGCAUUGUUUUGUUACAAGUCAGACUGCUUGAUGAAUGAGUACGAACGCAUCCUGCUCAUCCUGAAAAAGACGGUCCGGCUCAAGCGACGAAACCCGGAUCUUCUGCCUUACAACGAACUCCACAUUCUGCGGGAAAACCUCCUGGAACUCCCGCCGCAAGUCGUCAUCUUCGGCGGGUAUCGAGUGGGAAAUGGCCUGCUCGUCGCCGCCCACGGUUUCAUCCUGUCCUACGCGAUGCUCGCGAAUGACAUCCUGGAUAUGCAUGACCAACUCACCCCGCCGAGUAACGCGACUAGCGGGGUUUAGGUACUAUAGCAGAUUCACAUCAACUGUGCAUUUGACGUCUAGGCCAGUCCCUUACGACGCUCCUAAUUGGCUGUUGAUAAGCCAAUCAAGAGUUUCCAGCCCUGUGAUUGGCUUAUCAACAGCCAAUCAGGAGCGUCGUAUGCUCCUGAUUGGCUGUUGAUAAGUCAAUCACGGGGCUGGAAACUCUCAGUCUCUCUCUCGAGAGUUCAAAUAGGCAGGAUGUAUGUUCCACCUCUCUUUCAAAAGUAUCCCUUAAGAGAGGUGGAACAUACAUCCUGCCUAUGUGAACUCUCUCGAGAGACUGAGAGUUUCCAGCCCUGUGAUUGGCUUAUCAACAGCCAAUCAGGAGCGUCGUAAGGGACUGGGCUAGACAUCAAAUGCACGGUUGAUGCUAAUCUACUAUAGUGAUAAGGGCUUGUGUUUCUCUGACAAGCCGACAUCUCGAUGAGACGAUGAAACGAUGUGUGGUAGGGCGACUUUCUCAUACUUAAGAAAUUACAGUAAACUUUAAAUAUUUUAUCAUCUCACACGUCUCUUCACGUGAUGGCUACACGUGGAUGCUGAAUAAUUAUAAAGUAGAGACAUCAGUUUAAUAAAUCAUAGCCUGUUAUUACGAUUUUUUCACUGGUAAACAAUUGUUAUUCCACCAAGUAAAUGGUUAUUAGUUA